AUGCAGGCAGACAACCGAGCAGAAAAACGCGAAGUGCAGCGCCACAUGUGGUCGCCGUAUCCCGAGCACUUCCUAACGCUCUGGGCUAUGGCGCCCUCGUCUGAUCCGCCGCCCACACACCUCGACAGCAUACGCCAGCAGCGCGAAAAGAAGAACAAGCGGCAGCAGCACUGGCAGCUAACCCGCGACUUUACGAAAUCGGACUCGGCGCGCGGCAAAACAACGAGCCUGCCAGCCAUGCACCGACUGAAUCUGGCCAACCAGUCAAUCUGCCGCCUGACAAUCCCGCGAACUGCGAUCCAGUACAUGGAUUACCUGGUCGAGCUCCGCAUGCCACAGAACAAUCUGCGCGAACUGCCUGCUGCACUGUUCGACCUGCCAUGCCUGGAGACCCUGAACCUGGAGAACAACUGUCUCGAGAAUCUCGGCCACCUGUGGCCAAAAUUAAAAAACCUGCGUGUGCUGUUCCUAGCAGGGAACUUUAUCCGUGCCUUACCAAAGGAGCUCGGGCAGAUGGAGAGGCUGUUCUUUUUGGAUGUCUCAGAUAACUCUGGUCUGGGAUUCUUGCCAGGAGACCUGCUGGAUGCGCCAGCGCUGCACCGGCUGAUAGUCGACAAGUGCAGUUUUGAAAUGGCCGACCGGCUCAUUGGCGAGGAGGAGUGGAUCGGUAUAGAUGAUGCUGUGCGCGGCGGGGAGCUCGAAUCGCUGGUUGCUGCUCAGUGCGACGAAAUCAAAUCCCAUCCAGCGGCUUAUGCUGCCGGCUCCAUGAGCUCCCGAAAUGCACAGCAUGUGGUGGACCGGUUUAUACACAGGCAUUUACAUACCUAAGAUUGGCAAAUGGCUGGCCCUUGCCGUUCAUUUGGUACUGCUGCUCAGCAAAAUGUCAAUCAGAAGCACUUGAACAACCGAUUCCUAAAAAGCUUGUAUACGAUAAUCUCUCGCUCAAAGAAUAGGUGUUUCACUAAUGAUUGGCACUGACAACUAGAUGCGAGUGCCCAAUCAACCGGACGCGAUAACGACUGUCAUCCUCUCAAAUGCCAAUAUUAGCAAUAGCGUAUCCGUCAUCGUGUUCUGGAAGCGAAUUAAAUAAAAG